AUGGUGUUUUUUAAGCGGAUCAUUCCUGAAUCACAACUUCCUUCCUUGAAGGAUUAUACAUUUAAACCAGGAAACUUCACUUUCAUAGAUAAUUUAAUGCUCAAAUACUUUUGGGAACCAGUAGUUAACUUUCUUCCAAAAUGGUUGUCGGCUAAUUUGCUGACGUUGUUUGGAGGAUUAUGCGUUUUUAUAAUGAAUUGUUUGGUGUUUUACUACGUACCCAACUUUAAGACUAAAUCAGUACCGAAAUGGACUUCAUUACUUAGUUCUUUCCUCGUCUUCUUCUAUACAACAUUUGAUGGGAUUGACGGUAUACAAGCUAGAAGAUUAGGCCUGGCCUCACCAUUGGGACAGCUUUUAGAUCAUGGAACUGACGCAUUAGUUUGCUCAUUUUUCUGCUACUUCACCUUCCUAGUUAAGCCGACAGGAUUCUCGCACGUUAACACUCUAAUAAACGUAUCAGCACUGAUUAACGCAGCGGCGGUGAAUUGGCAGGAGGAGAAUUUCGGAACAUUUUCAUAUACUAACAGUUUCUUCAUUUUCGGAGUUUCAGAACCUCUUCUUGCUGUGGCUUUAAUAUUGAUGUCUGACUACUUUUUUCCGUCCUUUUGGCUGUCACCUAUCUCCAAAUUCGUGACAAAGCAUAAGUCCCUUAAGUUCAUGCUGAAAUACCUGCCCAAAGAUUUGGAUUUCUUCACUCCAUUUUUAUAUUUUGCAUUAUCAAUAUCAUAUUUCACAUUUUUUGGAUUCCCAUAUGAAAUGUACAAAUUGCACAGGAAUCUCAAAAAAACAAUGAAGUUAGCAAUGUAUCUAUUGUUUAAUUGCAUAUUACCAACACUGCUGAUUGACUUUUUGCCGCCAAGCUUACAUGUUUCUUACUCACUUUUCGCAUCAACUUUGGGAGGAUUCGGAAUAAUCUUCAUAAUCAUCUCAAACAUACGCCGCUCAGAAAGACUGUUAUUCUACCCAGAGUUCUACCCGCAUUACAUGGUGGUGCUGGUAGGAUACCUCUUAGUCCUAGGUAGAGUCGUGCUGGGGCUUAAGUUCGACGCCUUGGUGUUCAAAAGUCCAUAUUUGAAGCCGCUUUUGACCACUUUAACACUAUUAGGAACGGCACUCUCACUCACAAAGGCAAUCCGUGUACUAUAUGAAAUCAAGACAUAUUUGUGUCUACCAUUCUUCACUACUAAAAGACCUGAAAAUAGGUCAAAAUAA